CAAAUGAGCUCAAUCAACUCCAACUGCUCCAAUAUAUAUAUAUUAAUAGAGUAUAGCCGCCUUCUUACAUUAAUUCAGGGAAAUGAUAAACAACUUCCAAAUCACUUUCAGUUGACAGCCUGAAACUGUGUGGCAAUCUGUUGCCUUUCAACUCCCCACGUUUGUCUCCAUAUCUUGUUUGUUUUUUGGAAAUCAGUUCAUAGUUCAAAGUAUCUGUUUCAAAUUAUGGCAUCAUUUGCUUUGGAGGAGUUUCUAGGAGAAGGUGUACUCAAAGAUUUGAUGCACAAGCUCAUAGAAGCAGGAUGGGAUGAUGUUCCGACGAUCAAAAUGAUGAAUUCUGAAGACAUGGAGCUCAUCAAAUUCAAUCAACAGCAAAAGAAUGCUUUGGAGCUAAGAAUAUACUUGCAUGAUCGCGCACUAAUGGAGCAUGCAGAAAAGCUUGAAGCUUCAAACAAAUCUUUAACUGAGCUUCUCGGAUUGAGUACUAUUGUUCUUUCUUCACAAUUCAGUAUGAAAAGAGGCCAUGUUGCGCGAUUCAUUGAUCGAACAAGGACUAGCAGGAUCUUAAUGCCUCCCAAUUAUACACUUCCUGCAAGACAAAGGAACUAUAGCCGGUCUGUAACUCCGAGGACAAUGCAAAUGUUUAGAAGUAUAUCAAAAGAUGAAAUAUCUCUUGAUCAAUCAGUGUUUGAAUCUAAGAUCAGGGAAGGAUAUGUUUUCAAAGGUAUGGUUGCGGCCGGUCCAGCAGAGCCUAGGCUCUGUGGUUGCAUACAACCUCCAGAAGUAGUAGAUGAUGUGGCUCCAUAUUCAUCUAUAGAGAACAUUUCUAUUCAGAAGCUCACGCCAGAAUAUAAAGCCGGUGUAGAGAAUUUGGUGAAGAAGAAGGCUCCGCCGAUGAAAGCUUCGAUGUUAUGGACUGAGAAACCUGCUGUUCUUUUUUGUGUUCGACGUCCAGGAUGUAUUAUGUGUAGAGCUGAGGCACAUCAAUUGUAUGUCAGAAAACCGAUAUUUGAUGCAAUGGGAGUUCAGCUUAUUGCUGUUUUGCAUGAACAGAUAGAAUCUGAGGUUAAGGAUUUCUGGCCUCGGUAUUGGGGUGGUCUUGUUGUUCUUGAUCUGAAGUUGGAUUUUUUCAAAGCUCUUGGAGGAGGAAAGUUGCUGAAAGAUAAGUUUGUGUCCGGUUUCCUUUUCAAUCCUCGGUCAAUUGCUAAUUUCAAGCGCGCCGCUGAUACUGGACUAGACUAUAAUUUCAGAGGAGAAGGUGAAAUCAAGGGAGGUGUUUUCAUAGUUGGAAAUGGAAGAAGAGGCAUUGUUUAUCAGUUCAUUGAAAGGAACUUUGGUGAUUGGGCACCUGUUGCAGAAGUUGUAGAAGUUUGCCGUCAAUUAUCGGAUCCAUUUCCCAAUCAAGAAGAAACAAUCACAGAAAGCUCCAGUUCGACAUGAUAGUUUACAAGUUCUUACAUUUAGGAUGUCUUGUUCAGUAUGUAUUAUAUGUGGCCACUAAAUCUAUGCAUUUUAUUGAUAAGCAAUUUCAGAAUUUCAACAUUUUCUUCAAUGCUGUUUGUCAUUGUAUUGAGCUUUGUAGAGUGAAAUCGAUAUAUUGUUC